UAUAAGAAAUCAUUAACACUUCUAUGGUAAAAAUGAAACAAGCUUCUUGACUGAAACCUUAUCCAUUGACAAAACUACAGAUAUUUUACGAAUUUAACAUGUUGUGACACUCAUUCUAACCUACAUUAAAAAUUACAGUAAAUGCAAAAUUUACAAUGAAGUUAUUUAAAUAUUUAUCAGUAAAUUGUCCAGUUUUUAUAUUAACCCGGAAUUUGCCACAUUGCCGUUCACCGUAUCCGCGACCUGUCCAUUUAAUUUGUUUCAAACAAUGGACAGCUGGCAUGGUUAUGAGUAUUAUAGACAGCGCUAUCAACCUGAAGCGAAGAGUAACGAACACGCAUCAAAAAAGAUUGGAUAUCCUCAAGGAUGCCAAAGUAACGAUACUGCAAGAGGUGAAUGAGCCAGUUUUGAACCUUGCUGUGUCAAAAGCCGCGACCUUUUUAGGAGCAUACGAUGUUAACAUCACAGAUCAUUUACUCUGGGACCAUGAUUAUAAUGGAAGAAUAUUUUCUACCAUGUCGGAUGUCAUCUUCGUGUCCACGUCGACGCAUAUGUGUGUCCAGCGCUUCGCUAACAAAUCCUCGGUACCAGUCCUUUGUAUGCGAUCCAGAACUCAUGCCAGCAUUCAGUCUAUGUCUACAAUCAUGGCUAUCAUCGAAGAGUUCGGCACGAUGCGAUGCUUGAACAUUUCAUAUUUGGGCGCCCCGCAUCCAAUUCUAAACUCGUAUUUGCUGUUGUGUCCAAUGCUCGGCGCAAACAUCAAGUUCAAAUGCUGUUGCGAGAAAUGUCCAGUCAGUCCUCUGUUAUACAAAGCAAGUGAGGACAUAACAUCAAAGUCCUCAACGGAAUCAAAACAAUGCUUAUCACGGGAGGAUGUUUUGCAGAACAGUCAUAUAGUUAUUGCUGGACCCACAACCACCAAAAAGGACAAGAUAGAGGAGUUCAAAAUGUCUACUGAGGAUAUAAGCAAGAACGCGACUUGCGACUGGCGAUUCUUCCACACAUGUCCUCGCGGUGAGGAGGUGGAUGACGAACUCUUCCAUCAUUGCAACGCGAGGACCUUCACCGCGUUCCAGAACAUGCACUACAUCGCUGCGGCGCUAAUGGCCAAUGCGGUAAAGGGGUAUAGGUUUUAGGUCUUGGACGCAGAUUAGACCUCAUCUAUCUCGAAUCAGCAGGCACUUGGCAAAUCGUAUACCAGUAAUUGUGCUCAAAGCCGAGGCCUCGCUGUAUCAAAAUUGAUAGAUUUAAGACAUGAAGGUCAAUGAUGUUUGAAAAUUUACGAUAACCACUCUUCUAGUUGUUGAUAAUAAGAAUAAGAAAGCAUAUUGUAUGUGUAAAUAUAGAGCUAGAAUACGCUAUUGCAUUCUAAAUCCACAGUAAAGAAAAGCCUAUAAAUUUGUUUUGUAUUUUAGUGGUAAAUUGUAAUGUUUAUUUUUGUGAAUCAUCUGUUGUAAAUGUCAAAUCAUUGUUAUUAUAAACUUAUUUUGGACUGAU